AUGGCGAUGACGAAGAGAAAUGGGGAUAUGGGGUCCCCUUGCCAGAGGCCCUGGCCAUGCUUGAUUGGGUUGCCAGCAAUACCGUUGAGAAUGAUCCUCGAGGACGAUGAGGUAAGGAGGGCCGCAAUCCAGUUCCUAAAUUUGCUUGGGAACCCUCGCCGUUGGAGUAGAUCGAGCAAGUACUCCCAUUUGAUGGUAUCGAAGGCCUGUGCAAGCGGAACUGGUCCUAAACGAGGAAGCUCAACUCAUGGCAAAACAAGGGUUGAUUCAGCUACCCCUAAAAGAGCACGCACAACUGAUGGUAGAACUAGGGCAAAGGCAACUUCGACAACCAGUGUUAGGAAGGAACCAGGUGAUGAAAUGUUUCCAGGAGGAAAUGAGCCUUCUUUGGUUCACAACCAUGGUCACGAAGCACGUCAGGGGCCUGUAGAGUCUAAUAAAUCCAGAGGGCCUCGGAAACGUCCCUACAUAAUAUCAUCCACUGCAUGUCUGACCAGGGAGCAGGAGAUGUAUGUCGACAAGAGAGCUCGCUCCCUUCAGUCCGAUGUUCCCAUUUAUGCGUCAGUAAUGAACAAGAGCAGUGUUGGUGACAACAGCCUGUAUGCCGUAACUAUUUGCAGGAAGUAUGCUGCUGAGUAUCUACCAGCUGGAGCGCAGACUGUGACACGCCUCAGGGCAGAGAAGAGCAAGACAUGGGAAGUCAAGGUGAACCCGAGGAUUGGUGACGCGAAGAUGCUCAGGGGAGGUUGGCGCGAGUUUGCCCAUGACAACCAUCUGAAACUCAAAGACAUAUGUCUGUUCCAGCUGAUGACGGACCAGAGGAAGCUUACGAUGAUGGUCGACAUCAUUCGUCACAAUGAGAAGCGUUAGUUUUAACUUUCCAGCUCAUGAGAGUGAAUCUCUGGUGGCUAUUCUGCUGGUAUUUUGUGUGUGCUUUUGGUAGUUCUGUAAUCUGUAAACUCUGGUGGUGUGGCUACUUUCCAAACUAAGGGAGAA